GAGUUGUGUGACCCGAAAGAGAGAGAGAGAGAGAGAGAGAGAGAGAGAGAGAAAGAGAAGAGAAGAGAAGAGAGAGAGAGAGAGAGCGAGCGAGCGAGUGAGCCGAGCUGGAUCUCUGCCUCGCACCGCACAGCCAUGGCGAAGCCUCGCAAGCCAAAGAACGAAGAUUCCAAGCCCGACAACUCUGGAGCCGUAGUACGUCACCAAAAGCUUUGCCUUUCCAUCGAAAUCGAUAAGCGUCGCAUUUAUGGGUACACCGAGUUGGAAAUUGUAGUGCCGGAAAUUGGAAUUGUAGGGUUGCAUGCUGAAAAUUUGGGAAUUGAGAACGUUUUGGUGGAUGGAGAGCCUACGGAAUUCGAAUAUUACCCGCAUAAUUAUCCAAGCGAGGAAAACGAGAGCAGAUGGAGCUACGUGACGACGCCAACCACUGCUGCUGAUGCCGCAGGCUCGGCAUAUUUCUCAGCUCUAGAGAAAGAACUGUUCCCAAAUUUAUUGAUUAAUUGCUGCAAAGCAUUCAAGACUGGAAAUGAAAUGCAAGAGCUACCAGUUUCGGAUAAUGGGGUUCAACAAUCCUCUGGAGAAGCCAAUCAGAAUGUGAGAUUGGUACGUGUUGAUUAUUGGGUUGAGAAAGCGGAGUCAGGGAUUCACUUUGACAGUAAUGUACUUCAUACCGAUAACCAGAUAAGGCGUGCACGAUGCUGGUUCCCCUGUAUAGAUGACACUUUACAGCGUUGCUGCUAUGAUCUAGAGUUUACUGUUGCACAGAAUCUUACAGCGGUUAGCACUGGAAGCUUGCUAUACCAGGUUCUGAGCAAGGAUGAUCCUCCUCGCAAAACAUAUGUAUAUAGAUUAGAUGUUCCAGUUAGUGCUCGGUGGAUAUCUUUGGCAGUUGGGCCUUUUGAAAUUCUUCCUGAUCAUCAAUUUAGUGUCAUAUCCCACAUGUGUUUGCCUUCUCAUUUUUCAAAGCUUCGGAAUACUGUAGAUUUUUUCCAUAGUGCAUACAGCUUUUAUAAGGAUUAUCUUUCGGUAAACUUUCCGUUUGGAUCAUACAAGCAAGUUUUUGUAGAGCCUGAGAUGGCGGUAUCUUCAUUAUGCUUGGGUGCCUCCAUGAGCAUUUUUAGUUCUCAAAUCUUAUUUGAUGAGAAGAUUAUUGAUCAGACAAUAGACACAAGGAUUAAACUUGCUUAUGCCCUUGCAAGGCAGUGGUUUGGUGCUUAUAUCACUCCAGAGGCACCAAAUGAUGAGUGGCUGCUGGAAGGUCUUGCUGGUUUUAUGACAGAUUUGUUUAUCAAGAAAUAUUUAGGAAAUAAUGAAGCACGCUACAGGAGAUACAAGGCAAAUUGUGCUGUGUGCAAAGCAGACAAUAGUGGAGCAACUUCUCUGAGUUCCUCUGCUUCUUGCAGGGAGUUGUAUGGAACUCAAUGCAUUGGUCUAUACAGCAAAAUUAGAUCAUGGAAAUCUGUGGCUGUCCUUCAAAUGUUGGAAAAGCAGAUGGGGCCCGAGUCUUUCCGUAAAAUUUUGCAGACAAUAGUUUCUCGAGCUCAAGAUAAAACCCGUUCGCUGAGAUCUCUUAGUACAAAAGAGUUUCGGCAUCUUGCAAAUAAGGUUGGAAAUCUUGAGCGUCCUUUUCUUAAAGAAUUUUUUCCUCGUUGGGUGGAAUUGUGUGGCUGUCCAGCACUAAGGAUGGGGUUCUCCUAUAACAAAAGAAAGAACAUGGUUGAAUUGGCUGUGUUACGUGGAUGUACAGCUAUGCCAGAUUCAAGUGCACCUGUUAUUAAUUGUAAGCCAGAAUCUGAAAAUCGAGACAGUGACAUUGGAUGGCCUGGGAUGAUGAGUAUCAGGGUUUAUGAACUUGAUGGUACAUUUGACCAUCCAGUUCUGCCAAUGGCUGGAGAAACUUGUCAGUUAGUGGAAAUUCAGUGCCAUUCAAAGCUUGCUGCUAGACGCUUUCAAAAGCCUAAAAAAGGAUUGAAGCCUGAUGGAUCAGAUGAUAAUGGGGAUGUACCUGUUAUUGAUAUGCGCUCCAGUAUGGAAUCACCCUUGUUAUGGAUGAGAGCAGAUCCAGAAAUGGAAUACCUAGCUGAAAUUCAUUUUAACCAACCUGUACAGAUGUGGAUUAAUCAGUUAGAGAAGGACAAAGAUGUUGUUGCUCAGGCACAAGCAAUUGCAAUGCUAGAGGCAUUACCACAGCUAUCAUUUUCUGCUGUUAAUGCUCUAAAUAAUUUCCUCAUUGAUUCCAAGGCCUUCUGGAGAGUCCGGAUUGAGGCGGCAUUUGCAUUGGCUAAUACAGCAUCUGAGGAAACUGAUUGGGCUGGUUUACUUCAUUUAGUGAAAUUUUAUAAAAGCCGUAGGUUUGAUGCAAACAUUGGACUUCCAAAGCCAAAUGACUUCCAUGAUUUUUCUGAGUACUUUGUUCUUGAGGCCAUUCCACAUGCCAUAGCAAUGGUCAGAGCUGGAGACAAGAAAAGCCCAAGAGAAGCUGUUGAGUUUGUUUUACAGCUUUUGAAGUAUAAUGACAAUAAUGGGAAUCCCUACUCUGACGUGUUUUGGCUUGCUGCAUUAAUUCAGUCAGUUGGCGAACUCGAGUUUGGGCAACAGAGUAUUCUCUUUUUAUCAUCUCUUCUCAAGCGCAUUGAUCGGCUUUUACAAUUUGACAGGCUGAUGCCUAGUUACAAUGGGAUCUUGACAAUUAGCUGCAUUAGGACUUUGGCACAGAUUGCAUUGAAGCUUUCAGGAUUUUUUCCUCUUGAACGGGUCUUUGAACUUAUAAAGCCGUUUCGGGAUAUCAAAGCAUUAUGGCAAGUUCGCAUUGAAGCUAGCAGAGCACUUCUUGAUCUUGAGUUCCAGUGCAGGGGCAUUGAUGCAGCAUUGUCAUUGUUUAUGAAAUAUUUAGAGGAAGAACCAUCCUUAAGGGGCCAAGUGAAAUUGAGUGUGCAUGCUAUGCGGUUAUGUCAAUUAAGAGAUGGUUCCAAUCCUAAUGAUGACAUUAAGAGUCAAACUCUUGUGUCAUUGCUUUGUCUGCUUGAAGGCCGCAAAGCUUUCAACAAUAUAUUUCUUCGUCACUAUUUAUUCUGCAUCUUACAAGUUCUUGCUGGAAGGCCCUUAACACUUUAUGGAGUUCCAAGGGAUCAGAGGCCACUGCAUUUAAGUGAGGUGGAAGCCUGCAAUGAACAGAAGAACAUAUUUACUUCCUAUGUUUCAGAAAUCAAACCAAUUUCUGAUGUCCCAAGCCUGUCACAUGACGGCUCAGCUGUUCCAGAACCUCUGAAAGAUACUUUGACUGCUACAGAAGCUUACAUAGAUGGCUUUGCCGUUCCAGAUGCUACCAAGGACAGUUUAAUUGUUCAACCAUCCACAGAUGGAUUGGCUGUUCCAGAGGUUGCAAAGGAUGAUUUACCCAUUCCAGAAGCUUCAAAAGAUGAUUUACCCAUUCCAGAAGCCAUUCCAGAAGCUUUAAAAGAUGGUUUACCCAUUCCAGAAGCUUCAAAAGAUGGUUUACCCAUUGCAGAAUCUUCAAAGGAUGGUUUUCCUGUUCCUGAACCAUCCAAGGAAGCCGAUACCAUUUCGACCAGCCAUGAACGGAAGAAGCCUAUCGUUAAGAUCAGGGUAAGAAGAUCUUCUACUACUAGUAGAGCAGAAGAGGCAGAUAAUCAAACUGUUGAAAGAUCUCAAGGUGGAUAUUGUGAAACUGAUCGUGGGGCUACAAGUUCGGUUUCCGUGGAUGCACCCCACAGAAAUUUUGCAGAGGCUGUGAGCAUUAGCAAUCAAAAUCUUGAAGAAGUUAACUCGUGUCAUGAUCGUGGGUCUCGGAUGACUGCCAGCAUUGGCAGUGCAAAACUGGCAAGUGAUGGUGAUGAAUUAGGUAAAGAACUCCUGUGCACUGCGGAUUCUAGCAUAGUCGCUGCACAACCGCAGCUUGAUGAUCCAUCAUCAUCUAGUUUCAUCCAGGAUAAUAACGUAGAUAUUGAUGCUCAAAAGUAUGCAAGUCUUCAAACUCUUUCGGAUUCAAGGCAUGAUCUGAAUGGCCGUUCAGUUGAAAACGUGAACUCUCAUCAUGGUAAAGAGAAGAAGGAUAAGAAGAAAGACAAGGAAAAGAAGAGGAAACGGGAAAGCCAGAAGGGGCACCGUGAUGAUCCUGAGUAUUUGGAGCGAAAACGUUUGAAGAAGGAGAAGAAGAGGAAAGAAAAGGAGAUAUCGAAACUGUUGAAUGAGGAAGCCAACACAUCCCGUUUGGAGUUUCCCAGUAAGAAAGAGGAACUUGGGAUUAAGUCAGCAGCUACAUCACAACCAAAACCAAUUGAACCCAUUACACCUAAAUUAACCCUCCCAGUGGUUGAUUCAAAGCCACGGGCACCAGAGAAUACUUCUUCUGCACCCAAAUUUCGGUUUAAAAUAAAAAACCGAACGCUAAACAAAUCAUAGUGAUUGUAAUUUGGCCCUCGAAUCAGAGUUUUCUUGAAAUGUGCAGGCAUAUAGCGUUAGUGUGAGAGAACAUUAGAUGCUGUAAAUUAUUUUUUCUAAUUUUUUUUUUUUUUUUUUUUUUUACCCCUUUAAAUGUACUUUUUGUUUGUUGUUAUAUAUUUUGUCUCAAUAAUCCAGCCUGUUUCUGUGUUUUUGUUA